ACCAUAUUUCCAGCUACAUAUUUCAUUGUUCUUUAUACCCUUCGUGAUGUCAUACAAAUUCCCAAACGGGACGUGGGGCACACGUUUUGUUUUUAUUACAUCCGGACACAUUGUUCUCUCGAAUUGUAUCAAAUUUUUACAUUUCCAUUGAUACGCCCUCACUAACCAAGCGCCUAACGCUACUCGUCCGCAGUCUCGCUAAAAGUAAAGACAUCUAAAAAAUUUGAGAAACUUUGCCCAAAAAUGAAGCCUUGUCAAAUUGUCAGCGUCGCAAUUUUGGUCACCUUUGCUGUAAUUUUGUCCCAUGUCCUCGUAGAAGGUGCACCGCAAUCCGUUCCGGGACUUUCGUCAAUUCCUGGGGUUUCCUCAAUCCCUGGGGCUUCCUCGAUCCCUGGACCGUCCUCCAUCCCUGGGAUGUCCUCUAUUCCUGGUGCUGGCGCAGUGCCGACGGACCCGACGCAAGGGAUUAAAACUGGCGCGAAUAUGCUAAAUACUGGAAAAAACAUGAUUCCCGGGGCGUCCUCGAUUCCAAACGUGCCGACCACUAACCCAAUUCCAAUUCCAGGAAAACGUUGAUUUUUUUGGGGGGUAUUAGAUUUGAUUUGUUCGUACAUAAUCUUACAUUUUGUAUCUUUAAUAAAUCAACUUCAUGAAUGUUAA